AUGGAUACGGGCCCAGCAGAUGUUAUGAGUAAACAAGGAGUUCGGCACCGCUUACAGUUGAGUAUAAUAGCCGUCGUUGGCCAGUGGAUUAUGUUACUAACUGGAUAUGGGUAUCUGGGUCUCCUAAAACUUUUCUUCACACUACACCGUGGGAAAUCGGCCCAAGACGCAUUCGCCAUUUUACGGAUGAUUCGGCGCAUCUUCCCCUGUAUUACUCGCAUGAACUUCCACAUACUAUAUUGGGCUUACGUCAGACCGCUUCUUGAAUAUGUCAACCAAGUUGUCUACUCAGGACGCACGAAAGACGUCACCCUCAUUCAGCGUGUCCAGCAGGCCGCUACGAAGAUGACUGCCGGCCUUAAGUACGUGGACCACGAGGCGCGUCUCGCGGUGCAUAGCCUCUAUCCCAUAUGGUAUGAUCGCCUCCGAAGGGACCUAAUUCUUACUUAUGCCCUGUUUGAACAAAGCUUGCAAACAGGUUUUCUACCGUUGAACCAGCAAACGCACGGCGGGGAUAUGAGCAACCUAAUUCAUCAGGAAAAUUUUUUCUCAUUUCGGGUAGUAGAUCCGUGGAAUGACCGUCCUCCGAUGGUUGUCCGCACUCCAUCUGGAGCCCAGUUCAAAGCACUACUAGACAAAUAUUUAUUCGAACCCUCGCACAAACGACGGCCGCUGAACGACAAGGAUAAAACCGACCCGGGAAACUUGGGCGAAAGCCUCGAUCCUGUGUAUCAAUUUGUGGAUCCGACCAUGAAUCCUACCAAGACCACACGGUUCAACCGUCUUAUCCUUUACUUUAUAUACAAAAUUUCGGAUAUUCCUCCACAUGUUCAGACCAUACAUGGUCGUUUCACUCAUUGGGAGAGCCGCUCCUAUCAACUGACACCCGAUAUCAUGUCAGACAAGGAACGCUUGGAUUCUGUUUCUGCCUACUACUCACAAUCGGCAGUGGAUGUGGCGGCAGCCAAGCAUAAUAUGUACUUGAAGUCAUUUCGAAGGCUCACCGAAGAACCACCAGUGGAAACGUUCGAAGACGAGACGAGAUUCAGCAAGCUCUUACGGACUAUAUUGAAUGAACACAGCUCGGUAAUUAGUAUGUUAGCAACGGGCUUCAAAGAGUGCAGGUCGCGAAUUACGGAUACAAAUCUCAUUACGGAUUUUCUGAAUCGAACUUUAACUUCCCGAAUGGCCACACGAUUGCUUGCAGAGCAUCAUCUGGCUCUGCGAGAAAAUAGACCUCACCAUGUGGGAAUCAUUGAUCAGCGGAUGGCACUGACAGACGUAGUCAAGAAACAAAUAGAGCUUGUUAGCGGGAUGUUUCAACUGGAGUAUGGUAUGGCCCCGGAAGUAAUCCUCGCUGGCCAAACCGACUUAGUUUUCCCUUACAUUCGAAUACCGUUGGACUAUAUCUUAACGGAGCUGUUUAAAAACGCUUUCCGUGCCACUAUCGAGUCCAGAUGUAGGACUGCUGGCAAACUACCACCCAUCUACGUUACCUUGGCAUCAGAUGAAGUGGAUUUUUGGAUCCGAAUCACAGACCACGCUGGUGGGAUUCCAUCAGAUCUAGAACACGCCAUAUGGGAAUACCAUGUGUCCACACCGGCAGCUGCCAAAGUAGAAGCCGGUUGGGAACAGGCGUCCACUAAGCAUGGUUCACAUUCUGUUGUCAAAGAACCCAAUGUACUUCCGCCCCCCACUGCCACCGGUGGCGCGUUAGGCCCGCACGCCCGGUUAUCUCAGACGGAUGAUAUCGAUCUACCCUUGAACGCUGGUGCCUCGUCCCAAAUACUACCGAGUAAUAAGAUUUUCUGCAGUAUCACGCAACAUCAAGUCACAAAGAGUAUUCAUGGAUUCGGAUUCGGUCUACCACUGUCGCGCGCCUAUGCACGCCAGCUUGGGGGUGACUUGCAGAUGUAUGCAAUACGUUCCAUCGGAACUGACUGUUAUCUCCGCCUACGUCAUAUCGAUGGCAAAACUCCGUCUUUCCGCAUCUAAACUUCGUUGUUUGCCGUCAGUGUAUCUCCCUCCUCCUUUCCGCAUGUCUGCUGACUGCUGUCGGCUUUGACUGACCGACUUCAACCUAUUUCUUGACUUCCCUCUACCCACAGAGCUUUGUAGUCAACUGCUAAUUAGUCCAUACCCUAUUUGUGAUGCGCUAGGAUAUAUUUUUCGUGUAAAAUUUCGACGUGACCACUUAUUU